AAUGCAUCAGAAUCUCUGUUCUUACUAAACUACUACUUUUUUUUGUGUUCUUUUUUUUACAAAGUGAAAAUAAUAUCAAACAUGAUUUUAAACGGUUUCUCAUUUGAAGUUUUAGUGGAUGAAAUGCCUCUUGUCGAGUAUGCUAUAUCUGAUAGUGAAACUAACUUGACUACCGGCAAGUCUUACACACUUCAAGGAAAUACCCAACAACCAAUUUACAGUGAUUCGAAUCAUUAUAUUAUCGCCGAACCUGGAAAAAAAUUCAAAUUAAGAUUUUUUUCAACGAAAGCGUCUUCAAAGAACCCAAUGAUGGCUGAAACACUUAUUGAUGGGCAAUUCGAUAAGACAUAUCGCGGCCUAAAAUCUCGUACAGUUCAAUUUCAAGAUUGUUUUCUUAAUGCAACAAGAGAUAAGAAACUCGAGUUUAUUUUUUCUAAUUCAAUUUAUGACGAAUCAUCAAGUACUCCUAAUAAUACUCUUAAUUUACGAGGUGGAAUUGGUGCUAUUUCCAUUUAUUUUUACAAAGGUCGUUCAGUCCUGAGACAAAACGUUAAUAUACCUUCAUUUGAUAUUCAACAAGCUAGAGUGAAGGAGAGUAAGAAAACAUUUGGAAUUCAAUGUACUACAGAUUUUAUACCUCGAAAUGUUCGUAAUCAUAUUUGUUAUUAUGACAUGGUUAAAGAAAGUAAUGAUCCAAUUGCAGUUUUACACCUUCAUUAUCGACCAGCUUCUUGGCUUGCCAUGCGAGGUAUUCAAGUUCAAAAUCCACCUAGUUUUCCUAGUUUUCCAAAUUUGUCGUUCAAUAGAGGAGCUGUUGCUAAUCAAAUAAACAACUUACCGCAAAGUAAUAAUAAUGAUGGUAUAAAACCGAAUAAUACUAUCAAAUGUGAAAUUAAAAAUGAAAAUGAUCACAACAACAAAGUCAAGAAAGAAAAUAAUAGAAAUAACAAACGUCCAUUGGAUGAAAAUAACGGAAUCAAGAAGGAAAUUGAAGUUAUUGAUUUGACAAAUGAUGAUGCUGAAAGUGCUGGGACUGUUGAAAAGAGGGCAAGAGUUAUAGAUUGUAGUGAAGUAUUAGCAAUGUGGCCAAUUCCACAAAGUUGGUUAAAAGGGAACGAAUCAUUGAAAAUAUUUCCAAGCCUUGAUAUAAAAUGUACAAACAUUGAGACAGCCGAGGAGUUAACACAACAAAUUUUUGAAGGAGCAAAAAAUCGAUUUCGAGAAUUUUUAGUUAACGAAAAAUAUAUUUCACCAAACGUUCAUUUCGAAGUUUCCGAGAAUUCAUUGACAUUACAUUCCUUAAACAUUGAAAUCACAGGAGAUAAAUCAUCAAAAUUGAACUUAAAUACUGAUGAAUCUUAUGAAUUAUCAAUUCCUUAUACCAGUGAUGAAAAUAAUAAACCUUUGAUUGCUCACCUUAAAGCUUCGACAAUUUUUGGAAUUUUACAUGGAUUAAAUACAUUUACUCAAUUACUUUAUUUUAGUAAAGAGAAAAAAGAAUUAUUUAUACCUUUCGCCCCCCAUUAUAUUAGAGAUUACCCUAUAUUUGCUCAUCGUGGUCUACUAUUAGAUACUUCACGAAAUUAUUAUCCAGUUAAUGAUUUAUUAAAAAUGAUAGACGUUAUGAGUUGGAAUAAAUUUAAUGUAUUCCAUUGGCACGUAGUUGAUGCCAAUAGUUGGCCUGUUAAAAGCGAAGUUUAUCCAGAAUUAAGUGAAAAAGGAGCUUAUGAUCCGGAUACUAUGAUUUAUACUAAAGAGGACAUCAAAACGAUUGUAGAAUUUGCUCAUCAGAGAGGAAUUCGUGUUAUUCCUGAAUUUGAUAUGCCAGGACAUACUUUUGCCAUCUCUUAUAGUAUGCCUGAGAUCAUUACUUGUCCAGACGUUCAACCAGACUGGAAUAAUUAUUCUGCAGCUCCUCCAAGUGGUCAAAUGAAUCCAAUAUUACCGGCCACUUAUGAAUUCUUAAAUAAUCUUAUUCCAGAGAUGACAUCAUGGUUUCCCGAUGAAUUUUAUCACGCUGGCGGCGAUGAAGUUGUAAUGAAUUGUUGGAAAGUAACUGAUUCUGUUACUGCUUAUCUCAAAGAACAUCCGAAUGAUACUUAUGAAACUUUAUUGGGAAUGUUCAUUAAUAAGCUUCAUUCACUCGUUAGGAAAAGUGGUAAAACUCCAAUUACUUGGCAGGAAAUGGUUGUUGAACAUAAAUUACCUUUACCUAAGGAUGUUGUUGUUCAAGUUUGGACAACCGAAGAUAAUAUCAAAAAAGUUACUGGACUUGGUUAUAGAGUGAUUGCCGGUAGUGCUGAUUAUUGGUAUUUGGAUUGUGGUCAUGGAGGUUGGGUUGGCGAUAAUCCGGAUGGAAAUAGUUGGUGUGAUCCGUUCAAACAUUGGCAAAGGAUUUAUUCUUAUAAUCCAAUUAAAGACCUUACAAAAGAAGAAGCUAAACUUGUUAUAGGAGGUGAGACGUUAUUGUGGUCUGAACAAGCAGAUCCAACAAAUUUUGAAACUAAAUUAUGGCCAAGGGCAUCAUCAGCAGCUGAAAUUUUAUGGUCAGGAAAUUAUGAUGAAAAUGUUAACCCUCGAACAACUAAAGAAGCAUUACCUCGUUUAAAUGAUUGGAGAUUCAGAAUGGUGGCAAGAGGAAUCAGAGCGGAACCGUUGCAACCUUUGUGGUGUGUUAAAAAUCCUGGUAAAUGUGAUCUUCCACCAGCAUUCCAGCAUUAAAAAGCCAAUUUUAAUAAUUGGGUCCACAAUUAUAGAGUUUAUUUAUUUUAUUAAUAAAAUUUAUAAUAAUACUAGUUUUUCAAAUAAACUAAACUUUUUUUUCAUCUAAUAUAUUAUUCUAUUUCCAAGUAAAUUUGACGUAAAACAUGAAUACAAAAAAAAAAAAAAAA